GGCAGCCCUGCGCCUCUGAGCUGGGAUCUGCCAGGGCAGAGCCAGCAUGAUGGUCCUCAGCCCACUUGUCCGGGGAUCUUACCUGCUGCUUUUCUUCUGCUUUGCUUUGUCUCAGACUGCGUACGCUGACAAUGUCUUCUCACUUUCAGCAGAUCUCCCUUGUUUGGAACAGAAGAAGCAGCUCAACUGCAGAGCAUGCUGCCUCCUUGGCCCUCCUCCACCGCCCCUGUUCCCACCACCGUACUUCAGGCACAGCUGGAGCACUAAGCUGGAUAUGGAGGAGUUGUGUCACGAGCUCCAGAUAAUACAGGCUUCCUCUCUGUCUGAAUCUCACUGUUCUGCAGGGCCUCCUGGGCCCCAGGGCCCACAAGGAAUACCUGGUAUAAUGGGACCAAAAGGGGAGAAGGGGGAGAUUGGCAGGCCUGGAAGAAAGGGCAGACCAGGUCCCCCGGGCGUCCCUGGGAUGCCAGGACCAGUAGGAUGGCCUGGACCUGUGGGACCGAAGGGUGAAAAGGGAGAGUUGGGUGUGAUGGGAUUGCCAGGUACAAGAGGACCAAUGGGCUCCAAGGGUUUUCCUGGAACUAGAGGAGAAAAGGGAUCCAGAGGUGACAGAGGCGACAAAGGAGUCAAAGGAGACCCGGGAGAAAUAGGCUUUCCUGGAAUGCUGGGACAAAAAGGAGAGAUGGGCCCCAAGGGACAAUCCGGAGUACCAGGACACAGAGGACCUAUAGGAAGACCUGGAAAACGAGGCAAACAAGGCCUCAAGGGAGACAUCGGACCAGCAGGUGUCAUGGGCCCACCUGGUAGGCCUGGUCCUGUUGGCCAGCCAGGCCCCCCUGGACCGUCAGGAUUAGGGCAAUUUGCAAUAGGACCAAAAGGAGAAAGAGGACUUCCAGGGCCUCCAGGGAGAUGUCUCUGCAGAACCCCACAGCAGAUGAGUAACCCAUCAUAUGAGGAAUCUCUGUUUGGACACAGCUACCCAAAAGUUCCCGCGAUUUUUGUGGUGAAUAAUCAAGAAGAAUUGGACCGGUUAAACACUGAAAAUGCAUUAGCUUUUAGAAGAGAUCAGAGAUCUUUGUAUUUCAAGGAUACCUUUGGAUGGCUCCCAGUCCAGCUCACCCCUCUCUAUCCCGUGGAUUACCGCUUCGAGGACGGGGGUACCUGUGGAGAUGGGAUCGUGCAGGAUGGGGAGGAGUGCGACGACGGCAAUGCGGUUGUGACUGAUGGCUGUAUAAGGUGCCGCCGUGCUUACUGCGGAGAUGGCUACAAGCACGAGGGGGUUGAAGACUGUGAUGGCAUGGAUUUUGGAUAUUUGACAUGUAGAACAUACCUUCCUGGGUCUUAUGGAAAACUGCGAUGCACUUCUUACUGCUACAUUGACUCCACACAGUGCCGAUACUUCACAUGAGGGGAGCAGAGGUGGAUAGCAUCCCACAUGUAGUGGGUGCUAGGUGCUACACUAUCACCUAUCCAAGAAGGACUGGGACAAAAAGAUACCCCACCCACCUCUGGGAAAACAAACAAGGACACAUCAUGCUGCUGAUGGCCAUUUUGAGAUUUUUUUUUAUAUAUAUAUAUUUUUUUUCUUUCAGAUAGGGAAAAAUAGGACCACUGCAUCCUGUCUUAAUAGAGAAAUAAAUGUCAAACAGUGUGUGCCAGUGAGAUUUCCAUGCGGCUGCUGCGGAUGGCAAUGUACUCUCCAUCACAAAAGCAACAUUAAGCUACUGGAAGCUGAGUUUCAUUGAACAGGAAUGUCAUGUAACAAUUACCUCGAUUUAGCACUGUUAAACCCAAAUGUAAUCUCUUCGGGGGUUUUGUCUUUAACCCUUCUCCGAAUAAACACAAAGCAUGUCUUGGAUGCCGUGUUUAGAGGGACUUUCUCUUUUGUUACAAUGUGAACUUAGCAAGUGCUGUGUCCACAAGAGAUGACUUCAGCAACUGUAAGGUGACCAAUGCUCCUUCAUUGGUCAAAGGAGUUGAAGUUCUUUCAGAAUCAGCAAAUCAGCCAAAUAAGCUGGUUAACAUCACCUUCAGGUGAAGGCAUUGUCUGUGUGUCUGUGCUCUAUCUACAAGCAGUCAUAGGAGGCCUGCAAAACACACCACAGAGGA